AGAAUACAACGUUGAUAAACUCAUCAGUAUCUUAUCGGAACGAUGACUUCUCUCUUAGCAAAGUUUUCCUUCCUUCUGUUUCUCUGUUAUUCUACGAUAUGUCUCUCUUCUUGUAUUCUUAGCGACGAUCUUGAGAGGUUCGCUUCAGAUGAAGAAGUCUUAGGACUUUUCCAGCUUUGGCAAAAGGAAUACGGACGAGGGUAUGAGAAUCUGAAGGAGGAGGCCAAGAGAUUUGAGAUUUUCAAAGAGAACUUGAAGUACAUCAAAGAGACAAACGCAAGAAGAGAAUCACCUUUCGACUAUACCCUGGGACUCAACGAGUUUGCAGAUCUGAGCAGGGAGGAGUUCAGUAAGAUUUUCAUGCCUGACAUGGGUCCAAUGCCCAAAGACAACAUGAACUUGAACGAUGACGAUGAUUCAUGUCCGAAUGCCCCGGUUUCCAUAGAUUGGAGGAAGAAAGGAGCUGUCACUAAGGUUAAGAACCAAGGUUAUUGUGGAAGUUGUUGGGCAUUUGCUGCCACAGGAGCCAUUGAAGGAAUAAAUGCAAUAGUCACAGGGAGGCAAAGUGUGAGCCUUUCUGAACAAGAACUCGUAGAUUGUGUUGAACAUUCCCAUGGUUGUAAUGGAGGGUUGUACCAUUAUGCAUUUGAUUAUGUUACAAACAAUAGUGGCAUCGCCAAAGAAGCUGAUUAUCUCUAUACUGCUGAAAACGAUACUUGCAAAGCCUCUGAGAUAAAAAAGAAAGCUGUCACUUUGAAUGGGUAUAAAAUGGUGACUUACUCCUCUGAAACGUCCUUAUACUGCGCUGUCUCAAGGCAGCCAGUUAGUGUGUCUUUGAACGGAAAAGAUUUUCAAUUUUACCGGAAAGGAAUCUAUGAUGGAAAAAACUGCACAGGUGAUUAUAAGCCUACUCAUGCCGUGUUGAUCGUGGGAUACGACACAGUGGCGGGAAAUGACUACUGGAUUGUGAAGAACUCGUGGGGAGAAAGUUGGGGCAUGAAGGGAUACAUGUUCAUCAAACGAAACUUCACAGGUGACGUACUUGGAGUGUGUUCAAUUAAUUGCUGUGGUGCUUACCCAAUCAAAGAAGCAGUGAAGCCUGAGUAUUACUACUCUAUUUGAAGUGAGCACUUCAAGUUAAUUCUUCUCCUGAGAAUAUUAGCUACAAAUAAGCCUGGCGAUAUAUAUAUAUAUAUAUAUAUGCAGUUGUGUGAGACCUUGCGAAUUUGAGAACUACUUAUGUAUGUGGAUAUGUCUUGACUCUUGAGCAUAUAUAAUGGCAAAUGAUUUUCCUUUAAAUAGA